UGUGUCUGCGACACCUAGCGUCAUUCAUCCGCUGGUAGAUAGGGUAGAUUUCGGAUUUCUUCCUUUCAACGUUGCGUCUGGUCAUCCCAGUGGACCAUAAUGUCUUCGCUUCUUCUGCAGCUCCCCAAUGAGCUCCUCGUCGAGGUCCUUCGGCACUGCCCCGACUUCCCGACCCUCUGGAGUUUCGUCCAUGUCUCCUCGCGGCUGUCAGCUAUCUUCAAUGCCCAGGCGGGAGAAAUCGUCAACGCCGUUCUGCUCGCCAGCGUACCCCCUCCGACCCGCGACCUCAUCCAAGCCGUGGUGGCAAUCCGCCUCGGCUCUUUCGAGUUCCGAUCGUAUCUUCAAUUGCUGCGCCAUCCUCUGGCCGUCUGUCAGGGUUUAGACCCCGCCGUGCCCCCGCCUUUGCUCCGAAAGCUAGUGGGCCUAUCAAACCGGGUUCAUGCUCUGGCGCACCUGUGUCUAGACCGGUGCUUGCACCAAUGCGAGUCGGUCCUGGGCCUGGAGGCAUCGUCGCCUUCGUGGACAGAAGAGCAGCGGGCCGUCCUGGCAAUCUGGCGCGUGCAGUUCUUCUACGAGCUCAAGACGGGCGAACGUAAGGCACAGCUGGACUGGCCGGCCCGCGAUCUUGCCUCCCUACGCACCAGCACACCCAGCACGUUUCGGUUUCGACAGCCGGUGCAAUGUGAGCAGGUGUGGACGGCCAUUGAGCUGAUCCACGAGCUCUCCGGGCAACACCCGGAAACUCAGGCGUGGACUUGCCCGCCCCAUCGAUUCCAGCUACCACAACUUCUUCGGGAAAGCGACUUUAAUUGGGACUGUCCCCCGGCCCCGUCCCCUCAGGCAUUGGCGCCAAACCGGCGGCCUCGUGAGCGAGCCCCGGACCGGGCACCCAUGCCCCCACCCUUGCCUGGGCCUGGGCCACACCCCUCGACACGGUGGCCGGCGAUGCCCAGUGGCACGAUGCCUGCUCCUCAUCCUCGGGUGACGAGGGGGUUCGGGAAUUGGCCAGAGUGGAAGGAUCUCGAGCGGGGCUCUGUCGGAUGGGAGCUGUUUCGAACCAUGGCGUCGAAUCAUGAGGCGGGGUCGCUGACUGCCCUUCGCUUCGACCCCUACCGCAAGUUUGGGCUCCUGUUCUGGGAAGAGCAGCGGAUGGUGGAUUGGGGGCUGUGGCCUCAGGAGGCUCAUCUGGAUCCUGCGGGGGAUUGUUACCAGCGAUGGCGCGAGCUACUAGGCGAGGAGGAAAUUGCACGGAACUCGGGGCAGGCGCAUCCGACGACCAGCCGAGCGACCAGGCGAGGCUGAGAGAUGAAUAAUGUAAGAUAGAAGCAAAUCAGAGGUCAUGCGCUCGCCAUGUGGAGUGUGUAUGUUCUGAGGAUUUGAUCCAGGGGUAUGAGUUGGUCCGGGAGGGCGACUGCGGACCCUCGAGAUAGUGGAUGCCGAUAAUAGUACUAAGCUUGACGGACGCCAUCCGAGCGAGCCGGAUCCCCGAGAGGGUCCUGGAUGGGAUGAUAAUGAUA